AUGGAUACCCUCGGAAAACUAAAAUGGAAAAAGGUUGGAGCACUGACUGAAGAUGGACAGAAGUAUUCGGAUUAUAUCUCAGACAUGCAGGAUGAUUUCCAGAAGAAAGGAAUUAAUUUCGUGAUAAACCGGAAGUUCCCCCGGGAUGUUACAAACAUGGAGAUGUAUUUAACUGAUCUGAAGGAGAGAGGAGCUAAAGUUAUAAUUGGAGAUUUUUAUGUUUCUUCAGCUCGUCACGUGAUGUGUGAAGCGUACAGAAUGCAGAUGACGCAGAAGGAAGGAUAUGUUUGGUUUCUCCCAGGCUGGUUUAAAGAGAGAUGGUUUGAUAUUGAUCUCCUCAGACAUCUUCGGAAAACUUUGUUGGAUGAGGAAAAUGAAAAGUCGAGAAAAACAAAGGUGGAGAAGGUAGAAGAAUUUGAACCUGGGCAAGAAUCUUACUCAUCCACCAUUGCAAAUCUGAAGGAUUGUCAGGCUAGGGUCUACUUCCUCUAUGCUACGAAACAAGACGCAGAAAAGAUAUUUGCUGACGCUGCAGAACAAAAUAUGACGGGGACGGGAUAUGCGUGGAUAGUUACAGAGCAGGCUCUAAAAUCCAAGAAUAUACCGAAUGGAACCCUGGGUCUGGUAUUAACCCGGAGCCAGGACGAGAAAGCACAUAUCCACGAUGCUCUACACAUACUUGCUCGAGCACUGGCUAAAUUAUAUGAAGAAGAGGAAGAUGUGGAAGAGGCUCCCAGUAACUGCAACAGUUCCGGUUCUAUUUGUUUAGAUCCGUUCCGAUGGGAGGUAAAUAUCAAAAACUUGAAGAUGGGAGGUAAAUAUCAAAAACUUGAAGAUGGGAGAACUGGUCGGGUCGUUUUUGAUGCUAUGGGAGACAGACUGUUCGCAGAGUAUAAGGUGAUGAAUAUCCAACCUAACGAAGCUGGAGAGAAAGAACUUGUGGCUGUUGGCAACUAUUCAUUUUCAAGGGAGACGACAGGGAUGGUUUUGAGCAUCGAGGAUAGUCUGAUUAUCUGGCCUGGAGGAAAUAGGGACAAGCCAACAGGAGUGAUGAUACCAACUCAUCUCAAGGUUCUAACAAUUGUGGAGAGACCCUUUAUUGAGCACAUGAACAACACUAGUGGAUGUGAACGAGAGGAUGGUUGGUAUCCGUGUCCAGAAUAUGUUUUCUCAUCAAACUCUACACUUCUAACCACAAUGGGUAGUAAAUACUGCUGUAAGGGCUACUGUAUGGAUCUACUGGAGAAGUUGGCUCUUAAAUGCAACUUUACUUACGAUGUUUAUCUUUCCUUAGAUGGUGAUUACGGUAGUUUGGAGAGAAAUAAUCUGACCGGAAAGCAGGAGUGGACUGGACUAAUAGGUGAACUGGUUACUGAAAGAGCGGAUAUGAUAGUUGCUCCCCUAACCAUCAACCCAGAGAGGGCUCAGGUAAUGGAAUUUAGCAAACCUUUCAAAUAUCAGGGCAUCACUAUUCUUCAAAAACGGCAACCUAGAGCCUCACAACUAGUCUCCUUUCUGCAGCCUUUCAAACCAACAUUGUGGGUGCUAGUACUGGUUUCAGUUAAGGUGAUAGCAGUUUGUUUAUACCUGCUGGACCGGUUUUCUCCCUUUGGGCGGUACAACACGGACUCCGGAGAAGUACGCGAAGAGGAUUCGUUAAAUUUGACCGCGGCAAUCUGGUUUGCGUGGGGGGUGCUUCUCAACUCAGGAAUAGGCGAAGGGACUCCGCGUAGUUUCUCAGCUCGAGUGUUGGGUAUGGUUUGGGCUGGAUUUGCUAUGAUUAUUGUGGCCUCCUAUACUGCCAACCUCGCAGCCUUCCUUGUUCUUGAUAAACCUCAAACCAGCCUCACUGGUAUCAAUGAUCCGAGGUUAAGGAACCCAAUGGAGAAUUUCACCUAUGCAACUGUCAAGGGAUCAAGUGUAGAUAUGUAUUUUAGACGCCAGGUUGAGCUAUCCAACAUGUACCGCACAAUGGAGGGGAAACACUUCAGGACUCCAGAGCUAGCUAUUGAUGCUGUGCGCAACGGUUCAUUAAAGGCUUUCAUUUGGGACAGUUCCAGGCUAGAGUAUGAAGCAGCAAGAGACUGUGAUCUUAUAACAGCUGGCGAGCUGUUUGGCCGGUCAGGUUACGGUGUCGGGCUGCAGAAGGGGUCACCUUGGGCAGACCAGGUCACCUUGGCUAUUCUAGACUUUCAUGAAAGUGGAUAUAUGGAGAGACUGGAUAAUAAAUGGAUAUUAUCAAGCGAGGAGGAUAAUAUUUGCAAUGAGAAGGAUUCUAACUCCCCCGCCACCCUGGGCCUGGAGAACAUGAUGGGCGUAUUUAUCCUAGUGGGGGCGGGUAUAGUCGGUGGUAUAGGUUUAAUAUUGCUGGAGAUUAUUUAUCAUAAACAUAAAAUGAGGAAAGUCGAGAGAUCUGAGGCUGCCAAAGUGGCAAUAUCAAGAUGGAAAGGAACGGUUGAGAAAAGAAAAACAAUACGUGAAUCUAAAGUUGAGAGAAGUAAGAAACAAACCUCGAAAACUAACGGAACAAGUAUAAUUCGAGAUAACUUGUCCCUAUCCUUCGAUAAUCUGACGAAGGGCUCGAAGGACUCGAGGUGGCAGAGGGUGACCCAUCUAGUCCGACCACGUAGCACAGCUACAGGUCUUUGCCAGUCCCCUUUGACUCCUCGAUAUAUGAGAAGUCUUCCUAGCGCAGAGUUUUUGAGAAUGGUUGAAAAUAUGGAACACCAUAGUUCACCUAUUGCACCACUUUCAGUUGAUUUUAAUAAAAAACGAAGAAAAAGGAAUCCGCCAGAUAGUCCUGAUAUCCUGCAAAGGUGCACUCCGCCCCCGGAUAUAAACGAGGGCGUAUCUGUCAACUCCCCCUCGGAGUAUAUAUCCUCUGAUUACGCCCCUGUAUCCACGGACGGGUGGGUCCCACCAAUAGAAAACCUGCCCUGUCCGCCCCCUCCACCAAGAAACAGACUAAAGAGUUACUCCGGUGCUUACCGAGGCGGACAAAGCUCUGUCUUGUCUCCGCCGCCAUACAGAAGACAAUAUUCUGAUAAUAGUUAUUCAGUAGAUUCAGAGAUUGUGUAGAGUACAUGAGUAUUG